AUGCCGUGGGCAGCCGAAGGGCUGUAUGUGAUGUGGCUCUUUGAAUUGCCCCACACUCCUUGGAGCUCUGUUCUUCGUGCCCUUGAUGAAGGGAUCCGCUCAAGACAGACAGGCGGCUGGCGUGAGUACAGGAAAGAAGGAUUGUCGAAGUGUGGAAGAUGCAAGCAGGCAUUUUACUGCAAUGUGGAGUGUCAGAGAGAAGAUUGGCCCAUGCACAAGCUGGAGUGCUCCUCCAUGGUUGUCUUUGGGGAGAACUGGAACCCCUCGGAGACUGUGAGGCUGACAGCAAGGAUUCUGGCCAAACAGAAAAUCCACCCAGAGAGAACACCUUCCGAGAGAUUGUUAGCUGUGAAGGAAUUUGAAUCACAUCUGGACAAGCUGGACAACGAGAAGAAGGAUUUGAUUCAGAGCGACAUCGCCACGUUGCACCAGUUCUACUCCAAGCACCUCGAGUUCCCCGACCACGACAGCCUGGUGGUCCUCUUCGCACAGGUUAACUGUAAUGGCUUCACCAUUGAAGAUGAAGAACUUUCCCAUUUGGGAUCAGCGAUAUUUCCUGACGUGGCACUGAUGAAUCAUAGCUGUUGCCCCAAUGUCAUUGUGACCUACAAGGGGACGCUGGCGGAAGUGCGGGCGGUACAGGAGAUCCACCCCGGGGAAGAGGUGUUCACCAGCUACAUCGACCUCCUCUACCCGACGGAAGACAGGAACGACCGGCUGAGAGAUUCCUACUUCUUCACCUGCGAGUGCCGGGAGUGCACCACCAGGGACAAGGAUAAGGCCAAGGUGGAAAUCCGCAAGCUCAGCGACCCUCCGCAGGCCGAAGCCAUCCGGGACAUGGUCCGGUACGCUCGCAACGUCAUCGAGGAGUUCCGGAGAGCCAAGCACUACAAGUCCCCUAGCGAGCUGCUGGAGAUCUGCGAGCUGAGCCAGGAGAAGAUGAGCUCGGUGUUCGAGGACAGCAACGUGUACAUGCUGCACAUGAUGUAUCAGGCCAUGGGCGUCUGCCUGUACCUGCAGGACUGGGAGGGCGCCCUGAGGUACGGGCAGAAGAUCAUCAAGCCCUACAGCCGGCACUACCCUCUGUACUCGCUCAACGUGGCCUCCGUGUGGCUGAAGCUUGGCCGCCUGCAUCUGGGCCUGGAGAACAGAGCUGCCGGCGAGAAAGCCCUGAAGAAGGCCCUGGCCAUCAUGGAGGUCGCUCACGGCAAGGAUCAUCCCUACAUCUCCGAGAUCAAACGGGAGAUCGAAAGCCGCUGACGUUGCGCGGCUCGCCGGUUUCCAUCAGGAACUGUCGGGGAUUCACGUGUUCAAAUCUCGCGCCGCCCUCGGGCCGGCUGGGGCGGAGCCACGUUGGGGACCCCCGGCCCUGCGACCUGCCACCUGCCGCGUGCGCUUGCGGCUCAGCUGAGUGUCAGAUGCAUCUCGGACGCUUUCCUUCUCCCGCGACGUCACGGCAUGGUUCACACCUCACCCUGGCGCGGCCCGACGGCGCUUCACAGCUGCAGUCACGUUUCCCUUCCUGCCUCCUGUAAUGUGCCUGGCAAACUUGAAUGACGGCAGAGAAUAAAGGCGAUGCGUUGCUUGCA